UCCAUAGCUGACAUUAGUCCUGCUUGUAUAAGCCAACUGGACAAGAAAUCAAACAUGUCUGGAGUCAAAGGUGGUGGUAGUGGAGGUGGAGGUGGUGGAUGUGGUGGUGGUGGUGGUGGCGGAGGACAGCAACCUAUUCAAUGCAAGGAUAGUGAUGUUAACCCAUGCUCCCAGCCAUGCAUAGACCCGAUACCUGGCAACAAAGGCAACGAUGGGUCUGGUUCUUGUGUACAAACUCAGGGCAGCGGAGGUUAUGGAGUCAGUGGAGGUUACGGCGGUCAAGGUGGUCAGAUUCAAGGUGGAGGAGGCACGAAGAAGUGAAGAUCCAAAAUGAAAAUACAUGAACCAAGCAAGCAUAUGGACACACACUACAUUGCUAAUUAUUUUCUGUGACUCUGUUUUAAUUGUAUUCUGAUAGCUACUUACUGCAAAACAGAAGUAACUGGUCCGAUUUUAAAGAAAUAAAUUAAUUUAAGCAUAAA